AUGUAUGUGAAAUGCUUUGAUACAGUAAUGUUUUACUAUGUUAUUUUUAGUGUAUUUAGUGAAUGUCACUUUUUGUCAUUUUCAAAUUUCCCGCGCAGGGAACGGAACCCAGAUGACAGAUGCCGGCAUCCGCCGGAUUACAUUGCCGGGGACACUGCAGGAGGGACAUCGUGGGAGCGCAGGACAAGGUAAUUGAAGAACAGAUGCCGGAGCAGCGCUGCAUGGUAAGCCCGAGUGUAGAUUGGGGUUACUGCUUUUGCUACACUCGGGAAUACCGUCAGGGAGGCUACACUGA